AGUCUACUUCUGAAAGGUGCUAUAUAAAUGGAAUUAUUAUUAUCCGUUAUUGUAAAUCCAACGUCUGGGGGAAGGUGUGCGCGCCACCGCACCUGACCUCGAACCACGUGACACAAACAAACAGUCGUGACGUCACGAGGCGCGGAUCGAGCCACACCUCCCACAUCCACCAACUGGGUGUAAUGAUCCCGCUGCUGCUCGCAGUGCGACUUGAUUCCCCGCGAUCACGGAUGAAGACAGAACGUUUUUUUGUUUCGAUUAUUGUUUUGUUUAGAAACGCACGCAUCCACUCUACUCUGCGUAAAUGGCCGAUGCGUAACAGUCCCGGGAAACGUAUUUGCCACGAGUCCAAGAACCACAUCAAAUAUCACAUUCCCUUCUAAGUGCAAAAGGCAAAAAAAUUAAAAUGAAUGAAAAAAAAGGAUCGCGGCGAAAAAUUGCAAGUUGUCAUCAUCGGCUUCUCUCGGCCGUGUUCGUCGGUGGAUGAUGGUUUUGUGUGACAUCAUCGUCCGGACGCGCGUCGUGUCCUCUCACGAACUUCUCCCGGUCCCUCGUCGCGACUGUGUGUGUGUGUGUGUCUGUCUGUCUGUCUGUGUGUGUGUGUGUGUGUGUGUGUCUGUGCGCGCGCGCCAUUACGCAACAACCCCCCGCCUGUCCUGCGCUCGCCGCGCGCGCCACAACCGGAUCAGCGUCUCUCUCCAGUGGGUCCGUCUCCGGUGCUGCAGCCGAACCCGACGCCGAGCGAGCUCUCAGCAGGCAAGUCUGUCUCGUGACUUCAGCCAGUCGCCAUGGGGAAGGAGAAACUCCACAUCAACAUUGUCGUGAUCGGCCACGUGGACUCGGGCAAGUCCACCACCACGGGCCACCUCAUCUACAAGUGCGGCGGCAUCGACAAGAGGACCAUCGAGAAGUUCGAAAAGGAAGCCGCGGAGAUGGGGAAGGGGUCGUUCAAGUACGCCUGGGUGCUGGACAAGCUGAAGGCGGAGCGGGAGCGUGGCAUCACCAUCGACAUCUCGCUGUGGAAGUUCGAAACCAGCAAGUACUACGUGACCAUCAUCGACGCGCCGGGUCACAGGGACUUCAUCAAGAACAUGAUCACCGGGACCUCGCAGGCAGAUUGCGCCGUGCUGAUUGUGGCGGCCGGCGUCGGAGAGUUCGAGGCGGGCAUCUCCAAGAACGGACAAACCCGCGAGCACGCGCUCCUGGCCUACACGCUGGGAGUGAAGCAGCUCAUCGUCGGCAUCAACAAGAUGGACUCCACCGAGCCGAACUACAGCCAGAAACGCUACGAGGAGAUUGUGAAGGAAGUGAGCACCUACAUCAAGAAGAUCGGCUACAAUCCGGACACCGUCGCCUUUGUGCCCAUCUCGGGCUGGAAUGGAGACAACAUGCUCGAGCCCAGCCCAAAUAUGACUUGGUUUAAGGGGUGGAAGAUCAAUAGGAAAGAAGGCAAUGCAUCGGGGACCACUCUUCUGGAGGCCCUGGAUGCUAUCCAGCCUCCCACCCGUCCAACGGACAAACCUCUACGGUUGCCCCUGCAGGAUGUCUACAAGAUAGGAGGUAUUGGAACAGUGCCCGUAGGCCGCGUGGAAACAGGCGUACUCAAGUCCGGCAUGGUCGUGACUUUUGCCCCCGUCAAUGUGACUACAGAGGUGAAGUCCGUGGAGAUGCACCACGAGGCCCUGACCGAAGCCCUCCCCGGCGACAACGUGGGCUUCAACGUCAAGAACGUGUCCGUCAAGGACAUUCGCCGCGGCAAUGUGGCCGGCGACAGCAAGAAUGACCCGCCGCAGGAGGCGGCCAACUUCACUGCUCAGGUGAUCAUCCUUAACCACCCUGGCCAGAUCAGUGCUGGUUAUGCUCCAGUGCUGGACUGUCACACCGCCCACAUCGCCUGCAAGUUUGCCGAGCUCAAGGAGAAGAUUGAUCGCCGGUCUGGCAAGAAGCUGGAGGACAACCCCAAAUCCCUCAAGUCCGGAGACGCUGCCAUCGUGGAUAUGGUUCCUGGCAAGCCCAUGUGCGUUGAGAGCUUCUCCGAGUACCCUCCACUGGGUCGUUUCGCGGUGCGCGACAUGCGGCAAACUGUGGCGGUCGGCGUGAUUAAGGGUGUGGAGAAGAAGGCCUCCACCGCCGGCAAAGUCACCAAGUCUGCCCAGAAGGCCCAGAGGACCAAAUGAAUGUUGUGCUACGCUGCCGACCCCAAGGUCUCCCAGGGCAGGACAUCGUUCAUCCGACUCCAUCCCACAAUUGGCUGCUUCAACUUAAUAAUCAAAGACUGGUUAAUCAUCACAAUGCAUCGCAAAAGUAUUCGGAGGAAAGAAGAACAUUUAGCUCUUCAGUCCUUCAGGCGGUACUCCUGACUGCAUUUCAAUGAACAGAUUACCAUAACAUACAAUGUUACAUCGAACUAAUAGUUUUAAAUGUGCACUUUUGAUUUGGUUCAUGACGAUACCUUUCUGUGAUACUGACAAUAAGAGGUACUGUAUAUUUAUCACAUCCCGCGCGCUCUGGAUUGCAGCUGCUGGUCCCUUAACAUGGUACACGUUGUCUUCCUUUUAGUGUUUGUUUGCAACCGUGCGGUGCUCCGUAGUAGCCUGUGGCAAGAAGUUAAAACUACGUUCUUCUGAGUAAUACAGUAGUAGAUAAGUAGAACUUAGGGAUUUGUUGUGUUUAAGCUUUGAAAAAAAAAAAAAAAAAAAACACUUAAAAUUAACAAAUGGUCCAAAUUAGUCUUUCCCAGUGGACUCCGAGUAGACCACCUUUUGAUUCCUGAAGCACUUUGAUUGGCGUUUUUGCUAACUUUGCACUUGCACUGGAGGAGCUUAAAUUGGUCUAAGCUACUGCACCUUACUGUAAGAUGGCAUGAGCCUCUUUGCAACAUUAAACAUGGUUCAACCAAAA